AACACAACGUGGGCAUAGGAAAAGCUUAAAGGGCAUAUUCUUGUCAACAGAAAAUCAACAGUAAAAAAAAAAAAAAACCAUCUCCAAAUAGAUCUGCUUGUUUCUCGCUUCCUCUUGUCAAAAGAGAAAGCAAUUUCUCAGAGUCCAAAGCUUAACAACGGAGAGUCCUUUGAGGAUUUGAAGCUAAUAUUGAAUGGAGGGAAUUGGAGGUGACGGUGCAUCAGUGGCAUCACCUUUGCCUCGAUGGGGGCACGAUGCUUGGAGGAUAUAUCAGUAUUAUCUGGAUAAGACUACUCCUCAUGCAGCUUAUAGGUGGAUUGGCACCCUUGUUAUAGCAGCUAUAUACUGUUUGUGGGUCUAUUAUGUUCAAGGGUUUUACAUAGUUUCAUAUGGCCUUGGGAUCUACCUGCUGAAUUUGCUUAUUGGGUUUCUGUCUCCUCUGGUUGAUCCUGAGCUUGAAGUUUCUGAUGGGCCUCUACUGCCAACAAAAGGUUCAGAUGAAUUCAAGCCAUUUAUUCGAAGGCUACCUGAGUUUAAGUUCUGGUACUCCAUGACAAAGGCUUUCUGCAUAGCAUUUUUCAUGACUUUUUUUUCCGUAUUUGAUGUCCCUGUCUUUUGGCCUAUAUUGCUUUGUUAUUGGAUUGUUCUUUUUGUCCUUACAAUGAGGCGUCAAAUUGCACACAUGAUCAAAUACAAGUAUAUCCCCUUCAACAUUGGAAAGCAGAAGUACACCGGUAAGAAAGCUUCUGCAAGUAGCAGUGGCUCCCGUGGGGACUGAAGCUUGGCUGGUUCACUGGAGAAGCAGUAAAGGACCUGGUGAAAAAAGGGAAAAUUAGCAUUCUGAUGAUGAUUCAUGAUAAUUGGUUUUCACCUUUGGAGGAGAUGCAUUUAUGUUGUUAUGGAUUUUUAAUAUGCUGUUACUACAAACAUAGGUUAUGUUGCCCCAGUGAAGAAGUGCUGACAUCCCAGAACUGAAACUUUAUUGUUUAUACACAUGGUGAUGAAGAUUUGAUCAAAGUUUUAGAGAUUACUUGCAAGUAAUUUGUACAACACAGUAUUGUUUCACUCCUGCGCUGUUUCACUCCUGCGCUCUUCAAUAUUACUAGUAGCUAAUUGUUAGUGACAAGACCGAAUUUCUUAUCAGGAACCAUCAUUGACAGCUUGUAGGCGUUAAUUUUCUCUCUUUGUAUUCCAUGGAUUCAAGUGCAAAACAGCAGUUCUUCCUUAUGCAUUGCACGUUUAUUCACAA